CGCCCAACCGCCCCUUCUCCCCAACCCUCGGCCGAGGCCUCUCCUCUGGUGUGUGCGGAGGCUUCCAGACAACGCACGUCUCAUCGGCGUCGCUAUCAAAACUUUACCAAUCAUAAUCGCAGACGACGCUGUAUUUUAUCCUUUAUGGGUUCCCAUAUCGCCAUGUCAUGUCAUGUCGUGUCGCCGUGUCGAGUUGUUUUGUGCAGCAGGCCCGUCCCAUCCCUAGGAGGGACUGAGUGAGGUUGAUGGUGAUGGUGAUGGUGAUGGUGAUAGCGAUGGCGAUGGGUGCCGCUUGGCUAGAGGCGCCGCGAAUCAAGGGAGACAAGGAAAAAGAAAAAAGGGCCAAGAAGGGAUGGAGAGAGAAGAAAAUGUCGACACGCGACGCCUCGAUCACGUCCGAGAUGAUCUGCUGGUACACAGCUCCGACCUGGUUGUUCGACAUUUUCUCGGUGGCCCCGGCCUGGCCGAGUCGGACGGGACGGAAGAGGAGAAAACAAGGGCAGCCAGAGAGAAGGGGAUCGAGGGUUGGGGCCGGGUGCGAUGACGGCGCGAAGGAAGGAUGGGGAUCAGGAUCGGGAUGGGGGGGGGGGGGAGAUGCUAGAUUGGCUGCUGCCCGCGAAUGCGAGAUGCGCAAGUCGCAAUUCGAAUUGGGAGAAGGAGUAGGCGGGAUGGCGGAGAGUUGGUGGUUGAUGCGGCGUGCGAGAGGCAGAUGAGCGUCGAAGGCUGCAAAGCACGCCAGACGCAACGAACCGGCCCAGCUGCUUCUUCUCUCUCUUCUUUAGGUCCUGUCCGCUCCUCCGCAUGGACCCCUCUCAAUCGUCCGGAUUCAGGCCU